AUGACCACCAUGCCCCUCACUUCAGGCCGGAAAAAUGGCCACAAGAAACGUCCCCGUCGCAGAAAGACUCGCAUCAAGGCUGGAUUUAUAUCCCCUCGAUCACCGCAGUCUAUCCUGGCUGAAGCCCGCCGAAAGACAUCCCUGAAGGCCCGAAAUCGGAGCAGACUUUUUGCUACAGAUAGCAACACCAGUCCCGACAGGUCACAAAAUCAUCGGGACAAUCGACAGAGGUCGAAAUAUUCGAAAUAUGUUAUGCUGUCGCCCUCGACGGAGCCACUUGAAGAGAACUGUCUGGAACGAGAACCACUACCAGAAGGCUAUGUGUUUGUCCCGAAGGGGGAUGUCUAUGUCACACGCAAUUGCCGAGUGCAGACCAAAGAGUCUCAACGGCUAGUAUACGCUGUCUAUAACAACGCGGGAAAACGAACCACAGGGCUUCGUGUACCCUCAGACGUGUACGCUGCCGUGCUUCAAUCCGCCGCAGCAACUGCCGACUCGCGCGCCAAUGCCGUUAGAGUCCGCGACGAGAAGGACCUGUCCCGCGCCCGGCAAAUUCUGCGCAGCAAGUUUCCGCUGAUGCCAGCUGAUUCGCUGGAGACUGUCGUCGACCAUGCAUUUCUCAAGGGCUCUGGGCGCGUUGGGAGAACUGCAAUGAAGACCGAUGAGAAGAAGGCCACGCUAGCGGUGGAGGCACACAUCCGGCACGUCCAUACGCCGUAUGAGCAACUUCUCGACGCGGGAAAAGAAAGGCGCGAAGCGAGAGAAGCGGUCUGGGACAUGGUGCAGGCCAUCAAAACGGCGUGGGAGGGUGGAAGCCCCCAUGCGUCUGACCCGUUGGCUUUGCGUGGUCGUAUUGCUGACUCUGACUCUUUGCCAAGUACCAGGGAGGUCAGACAGCACGAUGGCGAUGACGAUAUUGACAUGGAAUUGGAGAUCAUAUCCAUAUCCGAUUGA